UUUAAUUCAUGUAAAUAUGAGGAGCAUUCAUAAAAUUAAAAUGUGUAAUUUUAAAAUGUGGAAUUUCAACAGGAAGAAAAACCCCAUGAAUUCGUAAAACCAGACAUUUAACUAUUUGUAGUAAACCUUUCAAAUCUUUGAUAUCCAUAAAGGUUUGGGUUCUCUAAUGGAUGCUUGAAGAGAACCUCUUCCUGUCAAAACAUAGGCCAACCAAUCGAAUCGAAUUGUCGAAGAAACCUCACGACACUAAUUGAAGUACACAGGAUGUUUCAUUUCUUUGGCCAAGAUGCUGUUUUUGAUAUAUUAGCUUCAGAUUACCGUUUCAUCCGCUUCUGUAGCAAACUCAAAUUUCCAACUUGAUUUUGCAAUGCAAAGAAAUUACAACAUGUCGAUUAUUUUGCAAGUUUGCUGUUAACAGCAAUGGAGAAAGGAUGACGCGCCACUAGAUGACGCAUCGUGUGUGAAAAGCAUGAAGAAAAGCAGGACUUGACGCUUGGUGACGCUAGAUGACGCGCCGCACCGUUACUGGUCCAGUGUGAAUUCAGCUUUAGUUGAAAACUAACUCCUUUUAUCUAUACAAAAGCGGGUCUUUUCAUGUUUAUGUAAGUAGGUUCCAAAACUUUGCCAAUAAUCCGAAACAUGUCGCCAUUAUAAAUUUGUUCACAAUCUGGUUUUUCCAGUAAAUACUGCCCCGGAAUCUCAUGUCUUGUUAGUUUUUUUUAUCAUAGAAAAUCGGUAUUGUGUGGACAGAAGGAGUUCGUUUUCACCUUAGGACUUCGCUGGUAAUAAUUUCAAUACGCAAGUGGCACUGCUUGGGCAAUCUCAACAGUCAUGCUUGCGUUUCUGAUUGGCCUAUUUCGAUCCACAACUGGGUAUAUAUAUUUGAUAACGUAGAGUUUUCGGUCUGUGUUCUGACGUUUUAUACCCCGGCGAGUCUCAGACGAAACUGUUACUCAAAUGUUUGCUUUUGUCAAAAACACUUUUAUCACCACAAAAAAAUAUAGUCAAUAAAAAUCUUCUUAACAAUUCAAACAAUUCAAAAAUUGACUCUUCGCUUCAUUCUUUCUUUUAGGUGACUUGCCAAAACCAGACACUUUUGCUCUGAUUUUGGUUGCAAUUUCCAAUUUUGUCGUCUACAUAGUCUUUUCAGCAGUUGAAACGCUGACAGCUCCGCUGAUGGCAGAUGAACUAGCAAUGACAAAACGCGCGGCAGUUUUAAACGCUGGCAUCCUGUUAUCUUCCCUUGGACCUAUUGCAAUUAUAUCACUUGCUUUUGUCACGUGCUCAUCUAAAAGAAUGAGUGAAAGGCAAGUGAUUUUGGUAGGAUAUACAAUUGCAUUGGUAGGCUUUAUCAUUUUUUUACCGUGGGGAAAAACAUAUCCAACUCUCCAAACAACAGAGUACAUCAAAGUUGGUAAUCUGACCCGAUUUCGUUUGAAAGAAGGUUGUCCAGCAAAGUACCAGUGGUGCACAAAUGCACCUAAAAUACACCUUGGGCAAUUGAUAAUUGCUGAAGUGAUGGCUUUGAUUGGCUACACAUUACCAUAUUUAGUUACAUUUGGACUUUACUCAAAAAUUGUUGGUCCAAGAAAGCAGGGUUUUUAUCUUGCUGCGCUGUCUCUAGCUGGUUGUACUUCCGGGAUCACAACACCAUUGUUGGUGGCGUAUAUUUACGAACAUUUGGGACCAAGAUAUUUGAGAACUAUUAACAAAAAGCAAAUUAAAACGAUCUCACCCGUUGGUGUGUUGAGAAGACGCGUAGAGAAAAUCGAGUUCUGUUUGCUUCAAUUCAAGAGAGCUUGCUAA